AUAAAAAGGGCAAAACUUUUGUACUAUGAUCGUCCGCGUAGGGUUUACAAAAACGUCGUUGACACAUUUCAGUCAAUUUUGCUGGUUUGGAUAUUUCGUGUAAACCCAGAGUUAGAGAUUGAGCGAUCGCCAUGGAAGUGACCCCACUAAGACGAUCCUCCGAACCCUCUGUCGAAACCCAAGAAGAGAUUAAUAUAUACUUGAAAAUCAUAAGACCAGUAAGCUUAAAUGUCAAGAAAUCUGACAGAGUAAAGGAUGUCAAAGCAUUGUUACAUGAUAAGUUUGGAUUUUCUGAAAGUCUUCAGGAUCUCUGUUUAGAUGGUGAUUGUCUUAGGGAUGGACAAAGACUUAUGGACUGUGGUGUUCAAAGAGACUCCACACUUCAUCUCGUUCUCCGGAAUCCUGAUGAAUUUAAAAUCUAUGUCAAACUACCAUCAAAUCCAAGCACCAUGGCUGUUGAAGCAAAGGCUCGAGACACAGUUGGAAACAUCAAAGCAAUUAUUAAGGACAAGGAAGGGAUUGAGUUGGAUCAUUUUACUCUUGUCUACCAUGGAAAAUUACUUGAAGAUGACAGUACUCUGGUGUCACUUAAUAUUCAGCAUAAGUCUACCCUCCACGUGGUUUUAAAUCCUAAAGAUUUGAUGUCAAUUUUUGUGAAACUACCAAGUGGAGAGUUUAUUAAAGUCGAAGCAAGGGCUUUGUUUGCUGUUAGUGAUGUGAAAACAAUAGUCGGGAGCAUUGUAGGUGUAUCGGUAAGUGACCAUACUCUGUUCUAUGCAGGAAAGAAGCUUGAUGAUUUCAGGACAUUGGCUUUCUAUGACAUCAAGGAAGAAUCUGUGUUGGAGAUUUUACUUCUUAAAUUUCAGAUAUUUGUCAGGAAUUGGGAUGGAAAAACCAUAACUCUUGCUGUGGAACGACAUGAUACUAUUGAAAACAUAAAGCAAAAGUUUUUCCAUAAGUUGAACUUGAGGAUGCCUGCUCAUUUUCUUAGUCUUGUAUUUUCAGGCAAAACACUUGAAAAUUCCCGGGAUCUGGCUAGUUACAAUAUGCAGCAGCAUUCCACUCUUAUUGCUGUCCAUACACCGAGAGCAAGCCGGAUUAAGUUGGCUAAUAUUGGGAGUUCUGUAACAGAAUCCACUACCAUUCCUCAAUUAAAGAAUAUGAUACAAAGAAAAAGGAAUAUUCAUGUAAAGGAAAUAUACUUCCAAGGACUGGCACUUCAGGAUGACCGUAACCUGUCUGAUUAUGGUGCUUUUGACAAUAAUGCUAUAUUUUGGAUCGUUUCUGAAUAGUUCAAGUGACUUUUGUAUAUGGAAAUUGGAUUUUUAUGGAAGAAAUAUGUAGGGAAUUGUAUCUGGAUCUACUUAUGUUGAUGUGAAACAUUUAUUUAGUUAUUUUGUAAUUAGGUUUCUGCAUCUAUAUGUACUUUUGGGUUCUUAUUAUAGUUUGUUUUGAUUUA